AUGGCUGCAGGUUCUGCUGGUGAUCGACUCAAACUUGUAACAUGUGCAAUUGUGCUGCUACCAUUCCUUGUCACAAUAGCCUCAAGUGCUGAUAUAUUCCUUGAUUGGCACGUUUCCACUGACAUUAAUUUAAAGCCUGUGUCUACUGAUCAACCAGUCAUAACAAUCAAUGGCAUGUUCCCUGGACCCCUUAUAAAUGCAACAACAAAUGAUGUUGUUCAUGUCAAUGUUUUCAACGAUUUGGAUGAUCCCUUGCUGUUUACAUGGAAUGGCAUACAGCAAAGGCUAGAUUCAUGGGAAGAUGGAGUGUCUGGCACAAACUGUCCCAUCCAACCAGGCAGGAAUUGGACUUAUGAAUUCCAAACCAAAGACCAGAUUGGCACAUUCUUCUACUUUCCUUCCAUCAAUUUCCUCAAAGCUGGUGGAGGGUUUGGUCCAAUUCGAGUCAACAAUCGACCCGUGAUAAGUGUUCCUUUUCCAAAACCUGAGGCAGAGUUUGAUUUUCUAAUUGGUGACUGGCACAGCAGUAGCUACAAGGAUAUUAGGUCCAGGUUGGAUGCGUCGGAUGUUCUUCCUCCUGAUUGGAUGCUAAUAAACGGAAAAGGACCAUAUAUGAACAAUUUAUCUCUAUCAUAUGAGACCUUCAAUGUUACACAAGGUAAAACAUAUUUGCUCAGGAUAUCAAACGUAGGGACAGCCUGGAGCUUCAAUUUCAGGAUUCAAAACCAUCAAAUGGUUUUGGCUGAAACUGAAGGUUCUUAUGUCAAUCAAAUAGAGUUGGAGUCUCUUGAUGUUCAUGUAGGCCAAUCCUACUCAGUUCUUGUCACAGCAAACCAAAGUGCUGCUGAUUACUACAUAGUGGCCUCUCCCAAAAUGAGUAAUGCCACAAAUAAUAACACUCUUGUCGGUGUCGCUGUGCUUCAUUAUGAUAACUCUACCACACCGGCUACUGGUUCUCUGCCAAGUGGUCCAGAUCCAUUUGAUCUGCAAUUCUCCAUCAACCAAGCAAAAUCCAUUAGGUGGAACCUCACUACUGGAGCUGCAAGGCCUAAUCCUCAGGGAACGUUCAAUGUAAAAAAUGUGGCAAUAUCUGAGACUUUCAUUUUCCAGGCAUCAACAGCAGUGGUUGAUGGUUUAUAUCGCUACACUGUCAACAAUGUGUCUUACUUGACCCCAAAUACACCACUGAAGCUAGCUGAUUACUUUUCUAACGGAACUGGAGUAUAUGAACUUGAUGCUUAUUCUAAGAACAGUUCAAAUGUUAAUGCUGUGCGUGGAGUUUUCGUAGCCAGUGCAUUACAUAAAGGGUGGACGGAGAUAGUGCUCAAAAACAAUUUAGACAUCAUUGAUACUUGGCAUUUGGAUGGAUACAGCUUCUUUGUUGUCGGGAUUGGGGAAGGAGAAUGGAAUCCAGAAUCACGGUCAAGUUAUAACCUUAAUGAUCCUGUUGCUCGCUCCACUGUGCAAGUGUACCCUGGAGGGUGGAGUGCAGUGUAUGUGUACCCUGACAACCCUGGAAUGUGGAACCUGCGAUCACAGAACUUGCAAAGCUGGUAUUUAGGUGAAGAGCUCUAUGUGAGGGUUUAUGAUGCUGAUCCCAACCCUGCCAAGGAGAAGCCACCUCCACAGAAUCUCCUUCUAUGUGGCUUUUUUCAACCUUCACCUCCACCAUUAAACGAACAUAAUCCAAAUGCUCCUUCAGUGUCCCCAGCACCAAAUUCUCCAUCAUCCAAAGCAUGCAAGCAAAAUGCUCCUUCAGUGUCCCCAGAACCAAAUGCUCCAUCGCCCAAGGCAUAUAAUCCAAAUUCUCCCUCAGUGUCCCCAGCACCAAAUGCUCCAUCGCCCGAGGCAUAUAAUCCAAAUUCUCCCUCAGUGUCCCCAGCACCAAAUGCUCCAUCAUCCAAGGCAUAUAAUCCACAUAGAACAAGGUCUCUGAUUGCUGUGAUCACCACUGCCUUGUGUUUCCUCUAUAUUGGUCUCCAUUAAUUGAGAAGGCGCACCCCUUUGCUAAGGAGAUGGAAGAUAUGCAUACCAGCAUAAGGAUAGAAUUUCUACAGUGUUUUUUUUUCUCUUCUUUUUUAAGUUUAGUACUUGGUACAUCAAGAAUUGCAGUGUUAAUCUUUGGCCACACUUGGUGGAUGUUUCUUAAUCUGCAGAACGAUUGAAAGUGAUGCAUGUUUUAGGUUCAACAGUAUGCAAGGGCGUCUUGAUUGGA